AUGACCCUCAAGUACCUCAUCACCGGCGCCACCGGCGGUCUCGGCGAACAAGUCCUCGCCUACUUCGUCAAAAACCUCCCCGCGCAUGAAUUUGCAGCUGCGUCCUCGCGCGAGUCGAAUCGAGCACAAUUCGAAGACAGAGGCAUUGCGUUCCGUCACGCGAAUUACGAUGACCCGGAGUCGCUAGAGGUUGCGUUUCAGGAUGUCGAGAACCUGCUCUUCGUUAGCACGAACGUGUUCGAUAAUGAGAAGAGGCAGAAACAGCAUGAGAAUUUCAUUAAUGCGGCGAAGAAGGUUGGCGUGAAGCAUGUAUGGUAUACAUCACUCGCAUUCGGUGGAUUCGAAUCCACCUCGAAAGCAGCCGUCCAGCAAGUCCAUCUCAUCACGGAAAAUCUACUCAAAGAAUCCGGAAUCACAUACACCUCCAUCCGCGAAGGCGUCUACACCGACGCCUUCCCCGUCUUCAUCAACUGGUUCCCCGAGACGCGCACCAUCUCCCUGCCCUCGGACGGGCCCAUGGCGCUUACGCUCCGCAGCGAGCUCGGCGAAGCCACCGCCCGCCUGAUGAUCGCCGGGGGCCAUGAGAAUGAGAUCGUGCUCCUUACAGCGGAAGAGGCCAUUCGGCCGUCGGAGAUCGUCGACAUUAUUAACAAGACGACCGGUCGGGAGGUCAAGUUCGAGAUCGUCUCCGGGGACGAGUAUGUGCGGAAGAACGGGGCGAAUGAUCUGGGUGGGAAGCCGGCUGCAUUCUUUGAGAUGACGAGGUCGUGGUGGGAGGGUAUUGAGGAGGGGGAGUUGCGGACGACGCAUCCCUUGAUGAAGGAGGUUUUGGGGAGAGAGCCGGUUAAGGCGAGUGAGGCUAUUCGGGACUUGUUGACGAAGAAUCGGGAUUUUACGUGGCAUCAGAAUUAUGUUUAG